AUGUCGGCCAACGACACCACGACGCGGCGGCCUUUCCGCGAGUGUACCGAAGUCUCGCAGCUUUGCCCCGUUGAGAUGACAGUCUUAUCCUACUACCCCAACUUUGGCGCCAACAUCUUCUUCGCUGUCGCUUUUGGCUUGAUCGUGCUCGUUUCAGCAACCAUUGGAACAUGGAAGCGCACCUGGACAUUCAUGGCUCUCGCGACGGGCGGCUGUGUCCUCGAGACAGUUGGCUACGUCGGCCGAACCCUCCUCCACGAAAACCCCUGGAACAAGGAUGCCUUCCAGAUGCAAAUCUGUACCAUCAUCCUCGGCCCGACCUUCAUCUGCGCCGGAAUCUAUCUGACCUUAAAGCACGUCUCCGCCAACCUCAACCCAUCCCUCUCGCGCGUUCGUCCGCGUUUGUACCCACUCAUCUUCCUCCCCGCCGACCUCACGUGCCUCAUCAUUCAGGCCAUCGGCGGAGGGCUGGCUGCCGCAGCGGGACAGACGAACAAGAAGCUCCUAGAUGGGGGAAACCAGGCCAUUAUUGCGGGCAUUGUACUGCAGGUCGUCGUGUUGAUGCUGUUUGGUAUCACCGGUGCGGACUACUGGAUCCGUGUGAGGAAGUGGGCGCACGGGGCCGAUACCAGCGAUGGCGAUGUUGCGUUAUACCAUGCCAAGAGGUUCAGGUCCUUUAUCUACGCUGUCACGGUGGCGUAUGCUUGUGUUAUGAUUCGUUGCAUCUACCGUGUUGCUGAGAUGGCCGGCGGAUGGGGCAACCACAUUAUGCAGGAUGAGGUUUCCUUCAUGAUUCUCGACGGCGGCCUAGUCCUGAUCUGCGUUACGAUGCUUACGGCGUUCCAUCCUGGACUAUUCUUCCCGCAAAUGGCCAACGCUCGCAAGGCAUCUAUCGGAGAGAAGUCAGAGGCGACGACGACAUCAACACCCGAGAAUACCAAGAUCGAGUCUGGGCGCGAGUCCGCAUGA